AUGGCUGAAACCCUCCAGAAGAAGCGCCUGCUGCGCAUGACGGUGGCGCACUAUCGGCAGCCCAACGUCAGCGAAGAAGAGUUCUAUCAAUGGGUGACUGAACAGCAUGCCGCCCGUGCCGCCAAACUACAUGCGAAGAACGGGAUCGAGGGGUUUUGUAUCUACUUCACCCCCCAGUCGUUUCGUGACUUUACGUCGGAACUCAACAACGCGCGUGGAAACCCCUGGCGAGUUCGAGACUUUGACGCUCAAGUCGAGUUCUUCUUCCGGGACAUGGAGACGUUCUACAAGGGGGCGGCCGACGCGGAUUUCCAGGCACUACAGGCAGAAGAGGGGCCUUUUGUUAGCGGCGAGAGGGCCGAAAUCAGCCUCGGCUGGGUUGAGACGUACGUCAGAGAGGGUCAAGUCGUCAACCUCGAUGAGGCUGGGAAGCCUACUUUCCUGCCGUUCAAGGAUAUGAGUCAGGCACCGUAA